AUGGGCAAAGUACAGAAGAGCUCAUGAACCAGCUGGAGGCCCUGAAAUGCCUUGCUCAAGAUGUGCAGGCAAUGCUUCGCUACAGCACAUUCUGUCACCUCAAGACCAUUCAGAGUGGUCAAUGGCUACUGGCCCAAGCCAUGUCCUUGUUGACCAAAUUCCAAAUGCUGGCUGAAGAGGACGUCCAGCAUAGUCAUGAUGAGAUGACGACAAGGGACCGCAGUGGUUGGAAUGACCCUGAAGAAUCACCUCUUGAUGCUGCAUUAGAGGAGGAUGAAGAUGUCCUUGAGCCAACUCCAGUUAAAAUAAAGCCAGAGCCAAAAACUUUGGCAUUCAGCAAAGUUUGUCAGGAGCAAAAACAGACACUUAGUGAGAAGGAGAAACAAGAAACAGAAGAGAUGAUGGAUUUUCUGCAGAACUUUGAAGAGGGCACAGAUUUUGAUCAGGACGUGUUAGAGGAAAUUGAUGUUUCCAGCAGACAAGCCAGUGGAGAUUUGGUAAAAGACGCAGAGGAAGAGACUGUUUCUGAUGAUGGUGAAGACACCGACACAGGAGAAUAUGAUCCAUCUCUUUCACCCCCUGAUCAAAGGCACACUGAUGUUCUUAAGACAAACUUUGGACAUGCCAAGUUCAGACCCAUGCAGUGGAAAAUAAUUCACUCAGUGUUGGCCAGAAGAGAUCAGUGUGUCAUCAUGGCAACAGGUUAUGGAAAGAGUCUUUGUUACCAGUUCCCUGCAGUGUUCACUGGGGGCACCAGCCUAGUUAUCUCACCUCUCAUAUCACUCAUGGAAGACCAGGUACUAGCUCUCAGGAUUGCCAAUAUCAAGGCCUGCUUCCUUGGCUCAGCACAAACAGAAAUGGGCAAAGUUAGGCAAGAGAUUCUUAGUGGAGUAUACCGAGUUGUUUACUUGACUCCAGAAUUUGCAUCUGUAGCAGGUGACAUCUUGAAAGACUUACAACAAAGAGUUGGCAUUACGUUAGUUGCCAUUGAUGAAGCCCACUGUGUUUCACAGUGGGGUCAUGACUUCAGAUCAUGCUACAGAGCCCUGGGAAAAUUGAGAACAGUCCUGUCUGAGGUUCCAUUUAUGGCAUUGACAGCUACUGCAACCCCUCCUGUCUGCAAGGACAUUUGCACAACCUUGAGACUGAAGAACCCUCUAGUCACAUGCACAAGCUUUGAUCGUCCAAAUCUCUACCUGGAAGUUCGUCUGAAGAGUGGUAUCAGGUCUGACCUGCAGUCACUCAUGGUGGAAACUCACAAGUUUUACUAUGAGUUUGAUGGACCGACCAUUGUGUACUGUCCCACAAAGAAAGCUACAGAACAAGUCGGGGCUGUACUCAAAGACAUGGGUGUGAAAGCAUGUAUAUACCAUGCUGGACUGACUCCACAAAAGCGAAAGGAUGCCCACCACAAGUUUGUCAGGGAUGAAUUACAGUGCAUCGUUGCCACUGUUGCCUUUGGUAUGGGCAUUGACAAACCCGAUGUCAGAAACAUCAUACAUUAUGGAGCUCCUAAGGAUAUAGAGUCCUACUACCAAGAAAUUGGUCGAGCUGGCCGUGACAGUAUGGCAAGUAAUUGCUAUGUGUUCUACAGCAGAGGAGAUUUUGCCACAAGCAGAUAUUUAUUGAAAGAUAUAACCAACGAAAAGUUCCGGGCCCACAAGCUUUGCAUGAUAUCCAAAAUGGAGCAGUACCUCAGUACCACCAAAUGCAGAAGACAAGAGAUUUUGUCUCACUUUGAGAGAAAGGGAACCAGCAAGAGUACUGUUAUGAACACGGAUCAGUGCUGUGACAACUGUAAAUGCCGACUCUCAAGUGUUGGAGCUACCUUAGGAGGGAUGGCAGAGAAGGAUUACUCAAAGGAGUUGCUCCAUCUGCUCACGGCCAUUGAAGCUACAGGGGCAAGGUUUGGUAUUGCUGUCCCUGUAUUGUUCUUGAGGGGUUCGGUCAACCAGAGACUUCCAGCUCAAUGUCAGUCUCAUGGCAGCUUUGGCUGCGGGAAAUACCGGCCUGAGAAAUGGUGGAAAUCAUUUGCACGGCAAGUGAUCAGUGAAGGCUUUCUUGUUGAGAGGCAGGUCAUUGGAGGCUUUGGACCAACUGUAGAGCUGUCACCUAAAGGGCUUUGUUGGUACAAAGAAACCAUGAAAGGCAACAAUAAAUCCUUCAAGAUCAGUCCUAGUCAGGAGAUGUUGUCCUUUGAGAAAACAGUCCAGAAGCCUGCCAUCCUCCCACAAAGCAUCAAAUCACGGACCCUCCCCUCUACCCAAUUCAUUAACUGGCAGCAGGUGUCAUUUGAUGAUGAUGAAGCCAAAGCAGGACCCAGUGUGCAGGCUGCUCAGCCUAAGAUGGAUCCAAAGGAACAACAGCUGCAGGGUGUCCUGUAUUCUAAGCUGAUGAAUCUAAGAAACAGCCUUGCAUCUGAAAUAGGUGCAGCACCGUACAUGGUUGCCAACAACAAGAACCUUCAUGAUCUCGCUAUUAUCAGGCCAAGCACAAAGCAGUCCUUGCUGAAGAUUGAUGGCAUAGCAGAGGCAAGAGCAGAUAAGUUUGGACUGAGGUUCAUUGAAGCUGUUCGAGAGUUCUGUAAGGAGAAUAACCUGAAGACGGAUAAUUUCCCAUCUCAUAUCUCAGAUAGUCAAGACACUCACAGUGAGGUCUUCCAAAAGACUAGCAUCAUUCAUCACAUCUCUGAGACUGUCCAAGAAAGCUACAGUUUGUUUCAUGAGAAGAACAUGUCCCUGGCUGACAUUGCCAAGGAGCGAAAUAUCAAGGAGUCAACUGUUGGCGGCCAUCUUGCAGAUGCCAUCAGGGCUGGCUACCCUGUCAAUUUUUCCAGACUUAACAUCACUUCAGCCCUCCAAAAACAGAUCGAGGGUGUUAUUAGAGCACCACCAAUUAACUCAGACAUAAGUCAGCUGGCUCCGAUCAAAGCCCUUUUGCCUGGCUCAGUGGACUGGUACCAGCUCAAAGUGGUUGUAGCAAUUCUCCAAACCCAACAUGGUAUUCCUACAUGUAAAAGUGUCAGUGACAACAUGGACAAGACAGCCAAACCAGUACCCUGUAGGCAGUUGAGUGGCUCAUCCCGACUGGUUGGCCCCCAGCUGAUGACAUACAAGUCUCCACUGCACAAGCCCCCACUCUCAGUUACAACAAUACCUGAUCCCCCUUCCUCCAGCCCACAGAUGAGCAAUAGCAGUCCGUCACUGGAGCAGGAUGGGACCAAACGCAAACUGCCCAGCUGGUUUGAGGGAUCAGCCAAGAAGGGGAAAAUCUGUGAGGGGAACAGUAAGAAGACAAAGGGAAGCAGCUUGUUUGGAAGGCGGUGAAUGCACGACUUGAGGCAAUAGGGUUUUAUAAAAGUUUUUCUUGGAAAUGGUGCAAGUUAGCACUGUUAUACACAUUUAAUUAAUGUGCAUUGACAUGAAUCCUUAACUAUGAGGAAAUGGUUACCAUACAGUCAUUUAUUUUCAGAAAUUUAUAUUCAUGCUGGGAAUGUGACAGUUGCUACCACCUCAUGGGAAACUGUUGAGUAUCUGUCGAUCUGAAUAGGCCUUGAAAUGGGCAGGAUAUUACAUGCGUCUUGAAUGUACCCACACAAGAGUAUUAAGUUCAUAGGGCACUUACUCGCCUUGCAAAGUAAAGCCUACUGGGUAGUUCCAUGUUUGUGCACAAAACCUAUGAAAAAUGUGACUUUUUUACAGUAUUUGCAUGUCUUGGUCUGUAUUCUUUAACAGUGUAUCAGCAAAGUCGACACACUAAAUAUCUAAAUGCACAAUUAGCAAAUGAGCAUUUCAUUUUGGUCUGUGUCAAAAUGCAAACAGGUGUGCAUUGUACUGCAGAUGAGUUAGGCUGAAGCUGUUUAAUGCGUCAUACAAAUGAUAAAAAACAUGUUGUAUGUUACUUGCAUAUAUUGUUCUUGCACACUACAUCAUUCAGAACAUGCUCCAUCUUUAGUUUCAUUGUGUUCUAGGAACAUUUGCAUUAUUUUAAUUACAUGUAUGCCUGUGCCUAGGAGGCAUAAAAAUUUCUCCUCCAGAAAAUGAUGAGUUUGGGCUCUUAGAAUUUAUAGCUUUAAUUGCCCGCACUCAGUUGAAUUCACAACAGCUGAACACCUAUUAAAACUUCAUGCUACACAAUAAAUUUGUGCAUGUUCAAUCGAAAUGCUGCUCCUGAAUACGUGCAUUUCUGCCCUGUUAGUACAGUCUAUGAUCGUCAUACAUGUGAGCCAUUGUGCACACAUCUUGAGAUGUGGCAGCUCAUGUACAUGUAACAUUUAGCUUGCACUGUUUACAUGUUAAUGAAAGGCUAAAAACUCUAUUCUUAGUCGAUUCACUAAUAAUUACAAGCAAAGCAGAAAUUAUGUCUUGAAACACGAGAGGUUUAAUGUGUGGAAAUCACACUGUUUGUUGAUGAAAGUAUAGUCCCUUUCACCAUUCUGCUCAGAACAGCCACCAUAUUUGGAUCAUAGGUGUACAUUAUACUCUAGGGGUGAUUUUGAAUUGGAAAAGUUUUUGCAUGGAGAAAAUCCUUUCCUCAAAUAAAAUUUCACAUAACACUGAUCCAACUUAUUUUCCACUUUACAUCUUAUUUCAGUUUACAGUGCUAAUGGUGAAUUUCUGUCUGUAUAUUUUUGGCUGCUUUUAGGUUUACCCAUUCAUUAAUGGAGACUCCCACUACGUCUGCAAACACUACACACAAGAAAGUUGGCGCCUGUUACAGAAUGUGAUGUGUGAAUUGAAAUUAACUCUUAUACAAUGGUCAGCUGACCAUCGUG